AUGGCUUGUCAAUUCAUUCCGCGCAGAAUUCGGCUACUGAAGAAACUUUUCUGUUGGUCGACAGCAGCGACGGCAUUGGGGGCUACCAGAGGGGAGAUGGCCAAGAUACAGUGCCCGGAAUUGUGCAAAGACAGCGGCGUCUACGAGGCGAGGAAGAGGCAGUCGCUGAGGGCGCGGUACGUCUACGGGCUCAUCUUCUUCGCCACCAACCUGCUGGCCUGGUUCAUCAGGGACUACGGGGCCAAGGUCUUCCACGGCCUGCACCAUAGUUCGGUUUGUGGAGCAGGGGACUCGAAAUGCUUCCAGUCUGGAGGGGUGCUUCGGGUGAGCUUGGGUGAAAUGAAACUGAUGAAUUGUGUGUGUUCUGUUUGUUCAUUUCCUUAUAUCAAACGACAGAUAUUUUUCUGGUUGAUGUUCGCCACCACAUUCGGAACUCGCAAGCUCCAGGGAGUUCGUAAUUCGUGGCACUCUGGAUGCUGGCUUCUCAAGUUUCUUGUGUAUGCCGUGUCGAUCAUCGCCCCAUUUGUCAUCCCUAACAUAUUCAUCCAACUUUACGGUGAAAUUGCUCGAAUGGGUGCCGGGAUAUUUCUCAUUCUCCAGCUUAUAAGCAUGCUCCACCUGAUAUCGUGGUGCAAUAAACGUUGGAUGCCAGAUCCUGGAUCAAAUCAAUGUGGCCUGUUCGGAUUGUUCUUGUCAACUGUCUCCUUCAUUGCCUCAUUUGCGGGAGUCGCUGUGCUAUAUAUUUUGUAUGUUCCAAACUCGUCAUGUGUGUUCAACAUCUUCACUAUUAUAUGGACAGCAAUUCUAGUGAAGAUAAUGAUGGCGGUGUCACUACAUUCCAAGGUUAACGAGGGUCUUCUAUCUUCUGGUAUCAUGGGCUCUUAUAUUGUGUUCCUCUGUUGGUCUGCACUACACAGCGAACCGCGAACAGGGAAGUGCUACACUGAGAUGAAAAUUGGCAAGGAUGGUAAUUGGCCUACUAUAAUUAGCUUCAUUAUUGCAAUUUGCUCCAUUGUGAUGGCCACAUUUUCUACUGGAGUCGAUAGCAGAUCCUUUCAAUUUCGAAACGACGAGAUGCAAUCGGAAGAAGAUGCCCCUUACAGCUACGAGGUUUUCCACAUUGUGUUUGCAGUGGGAGCUAUGUAUUUCGCAAUGUUAUUCAUAAGCUGGGAGCUUAAACAUCCAAUAACAAAAAAGUGGAGCAUAGAUGUUGGAUGGGCUAGCACAUGGGUAAAGAUCAUGAAUGAAUGGUUGGCAGCUUGCAUAUAUGAUGACGUGGUCCGAGUAUGA